CAGAUGUCCGUCGCCAUGUCUAGUCUGGAGAGCCCACGGUCCUCUGUGUUUACCUUUGAGUCCUCAGUGCACAGCUGCCACGUGCUGCGUUGCCUGGACGACCAGCGGAGGCGUGACCUGCUGUGUGACAUCACUGUGGUGGCCGAGGGGAGGAGUUUCAGGGCCCACCGUUCUGUGCUGGCCUCCUGCAGCGACUAUUUCACCCACAGGGUCUCCUCCCACGCGCCACAGGGACUUGUCAUCACCCUGCCUCAGGAGGUGAGAAGGGACCAAAAGCCUAGGACUUAGGAAGGAAGCUACAGUCCAGGACCACAUUAGUCCACAUAGGCCAGGACGAUUCAAAUCUUACUCUACGAGGUCCGGAGCACUGCUGGUUUCUGCUCUACCUGAUAAUUAAUUGUGUCCCAGGUCUAAAUCAGUCCCUGAUUUAAAGGGAAAUAAUGAAAAAUCAACAGUGGAACUGGCUUCCAGAUCUGAAUUUGACUGGUUUAGGUGUUAGCCCACUGAGCUAAUGCCUAUUUAACACAAGUAUUAGUAUUUGUAUUUAUUACGGAUCCCCAUUAGUUUCUGCCAAGGCAGCAGCUACUCUUCCUGGGGUCCAGCAACAUUAAGGCAGUUAUAUAACAUUUUACAAACAUUACAAUAUAUUAAUUACAGAUUUCACAACACACUAAGUGUGUGCCCUCAGGCCCCUACUCUACUACCACAUAUCUAUAACACAAAAUCCAUGUGUAUGUGUGUGUAUAGUGUGUAUGUUAUUGUGUGUGUGUGUGCAUGUGUCUGUGCCUAUGUUUGUGUUGCUUCACAGUCCCCGCUGUUCCAUAAGGUGUUUUUGUAUCUGUUUCAAUAUGUUUUGACCAUGACAGUCUACAAUCCAGGGUUACUCCAAGCAGUUUAGUCUCCUCAACUUGCUCAAUUUCCACAUUAUUCAUUAUAAGAUUUAGUUGAGGUUUAGGGUUUAGUGAAUGAUUUGUCCCAAAUACAGUGCUUUUAGUUUUGGAAAUAUUUAUGACUAACUUAUUUCUUGUCACCCAUUCUGAAACUGACUUCAGCUCUUUGUUAAGUGUUGCAGUCAUUUCAGUCGCUGUAGUAGCUGAUGUGUAUAGUGUUGAGACAUCUUCAUACAUAGACAUUCUGGCUUUACUCAAAGCCAGUGGCAGGUCAUUAGUAAAGAUUGAAAAAAGUAAGGGGCCUAGACAGCUGCCCUGGGGAAUUCCUGACUCUACCUGGAUUAUGUUGGAGAGGCUUCCAUUAAAGAACACCCUCUGUGUUCUUUUGGAUAGGUAACUAUCGAUCCACAAUAUAGCAGGCGAUGUAAAGCCAUAACACAAGUUUUUCCAGUAGACUAUGAGCGAUAAUGAUUGAUAAUGUCAAAAGCUGCACUGAAGUCAUCAGUCAUCUGUGUAAGUGCCGUACAUGUUAAGUGUCCUUCCCUAUAAGCGUGCUGAAAGUCUGUUGUUUAAUUUGUUUACUGUGAAAUAGCAUUGUAUCCGGUCAAACACCAUUUAUUCCAAAAGUUUACUAAAGGUUGGUAACAGGCUGAUUGGUUGGCCGUUUGAACCAGUAAAGGUUGCUUCGCUAUUCUUGGGUAGCGGAAUGACUUUAGCUUCCCUCCAGGCUUAAGGACACACACUGUCCUGUAGGCUUAGAUUGAAGAGAUGGCGAAUAGGAUCGCCAAUAUAGUCUGUUAUCAUCCUCAGUAAUUUUCCAUCCAGGUUGUCAGACCCAGGUGGCUUGUCAAUGUUGAUAGACAACAAUACUUUUUCACCUCUUUUUCACUUACUUUACGGAAUUCAAAAUUACAACGCUUGUCUUUCAUAAUUUGGUCAGUUAUACUUGGAUGUGUAGUGUCUACGUUUGUUGCUGGCAUGUCAUGCCUAAGUUUGCUAAUCUUGCCAUUGAAAAAAAUCAUUAAAGUAGUUGGCAGGCAACUGGCAGGCAGCUGAGUGGUUGGCAGGCUACUGGCAGGCAGCUGAGUGGUUGGCAGCCUACUGGCAGGCAGCUGAGUGGUUGGCAGGCUACUGGCAGGCAGCUGAGUGGUUGGCAGGCUACUGGCAGGCAGCUGAGUGGUUGGCAGGCUACUGGCAGGCUACUGAGUGGUUGGCAGGCUACUGAGUGGUUGGCAGGCUACUGAGUAGUUGGCAGGCUACUGGCAUGCAGCUGAGUGGUUGGCAGCCUACUGGCAGGCAGCUGAGUGGUUGGCAGGCUACUGGCAGGCAGCUGAGUGGUUGGCAGGCUACUGGCAGGCAGCUGAGUGGUUGGCAGGCUACUGGCAGGCAGCUGAGUGGUUGGCAGGCUACUGGCAGGCAGCUGAGUGGUUGGCAGGCUGCUGAAUGUUCUUUCAUCACGUGAGUAUAGUUUGUCUAAGAGAUGAGAUGAACUCCGUCAGAUAGGAAUGAUAUAUACUGAGUCAACAGUAGUGUUGAGUGUGGUGAAAUAUAGGCUGGACUGCUGUGUCAUAACCAUCCUGUCCUUUUGUCUGUUUCUCUGUCCUUCUCUAAGGUGACGGUGAGUGGCUUUGAGCCUCUGCUGCAGUUUGCCUACACAUCCAAGCUGCUCUUCGAUAAAGCUAAUGUCAUGGAGAUACGACACUGUGCCUCUGUUCUGGGUUUUAGGGAUCUGGACUCAGCCUGUUUUGACUUCCUGUUGCCCAAGUUCUUCAGCAGCAGCACGUCCUCCUUCCAGAGGAAGACCUGCUGUAAGACACGGUGCAGGACACAGUCCCCCAGGGCAGAGCUUAGUGACAUAGACACUAACAAGGAUGUCUUAGAUGAUGACAAAGGGGUCAAGAAGGUGGUUUCUGAUUCGCCCGUUGAACAGGAUGUGGGUGGCCAACCGGCAAAUGACGAGACGGGAAGCGAAAGCAAAAAUCCCGCCCAUCCUCCUGAAGCCAAUAUCCAAUCAGAUGGCCAGACUGACUACUCCCUGCAGUGGCCCAAGUACCGUAAAUUCCAGCAGGCUUGUGGGAAGGUGAGGUUGUGUCUGGAGGUCUGUGUCCCAGAAACAAACCCUGAUUCCUCAGUGGUGACGGAGGAGGGCUACCCUCUACACUUUCCCCAGUCCUGUCCACCCUGCUCCAGUGGUGGCGGCUUUAGGGAGGGUUCUGCCGUGGAAACUUCUGGAGAAAAAAACUCCUCACUUCUCUCACAGACUGACCAGGAAGGAGAGGUGGAGGAGAAGAUAGGAGAAGAGGGUGAUGAGGGGAAGUGGGAUGAGAGAAGUAGCGAGGCAGAUGAAGAGAACCUAGAGGUGUAUGAGACGAUAGGAGAGGGGGAGAGGGCUUCUGGAGUCGACUGGCUUAGCUCCCUUCUUCCUCUCAUGGAGGUGUCCAGAGGUAGGCCCGUCAACUGUGAAGAGAGCCCAGGGUCGGGUGACGGGACAGCGGGUACACCACCACACCGAUGCCCCCUGGAGGUACCUGGGCUGGGCAAGCAUAGCCCUGGAGUUGUGGGGGGAGGGGUUUGUGUUCUAGGGAGUAGAGGUCACCAUGAAGGGAUAAAUCCAGCUAUCUCCAGCCAGCCACAGACAGAACAGGAGCAGGGAGGGAGAGCGAGGAGAAAGGUGGAGAGAGGGAGAGAACAUGGAGGUAGCGAAUGCGGAGAGGGAGAGAGGAGAGAGCGAGGACGGGAAGAGAGGAGCAGUGUGGAAAGAGAGGUGGCUGAACACUUGGCCCAUGGCCUCUGGUCAGAGCUCUCCUCUCCUCCUCCUCCUCCCCUCCUCCAGGACUUCCUCCCUGGGACUGAGCCUGGGAACCUCCGGAGCAGCAGCCCCCCCUUGGACAGACUCAACCAGCUGGACAUCAGCUCCAGUACUGGGGACUGUCCCUUCCUCCACGGCCUGGACAGGGGGACAAAAAGAGGGACGGACAGAGGGACAGGGAAGGGGACGGACAGGGGGACAAAGAGGGGGACUGGGCUGGGGUGUGAGGGGUCAUCCCAGUCAGAGAAGAGUCCCUGUGUGUCCUCCAUGACCUCUGGAGACGAUGGAGACUCAGACUGCUUCGACACGGAGGGAGACAGUGAGUCCUGUUCCUACAGCCAGAGGGUCAAGGAGGUGAGUCCUGUUCUAUAGAGAGAGGGCUGGGGAGAGGGCUGGGCUGGGUUGGAGAGGGGGCUGGGUUGGAGAGAGGGCUGGGCUGGGUCAAGGAGGUGAGUUACUAGAGGGAGACCGUGAGUCCUGUUCUAUAGAGAGAGGGCUAGAGAGAGGGCUGGGGAGAGGGCUGGGCUGGGUUGGAGAGGGGGCUGGGUUGGAGAGAGGGCUGGGCUGGGUCAAGGAGGUGAGUUACUAGAGGGAGACCGUGAGUCCUGUUCUAUAGAGAGAGGGCUGGGGAGAGGGCUGGGCUGGGUUGGAGAGGGGGAUGGGUUGGAGAGAGGGCUGGGCUGGGUUGGAGAGAGGGCUGGGCUGGGUUGGAGAGGGGGCUGGGCUGGGUUGGAGAGAGGGCUGGGCUGGGUUGGAGAGAGGGCUGGGCUGGGUUGGAGAGGGGGCUGGGCAGGGUUGGAGAGGGGGCUGGGUUGGAGAGAGAGAGCUGGGCUGGGUUGGAGAGAGACUGGGCUGGGUUGGAGAGAGGGCUGGGCUGGGUUGGAGAGGGCUGGGCUGGGUUGAGAGAGGGCUGGGUUGGGUUGGAGAGAGAGAGAGGGCUGGCUGGUUGGAGAGAGGGCUGGGUUGGGGUUGGAGAGAGGGCUGGGUUGGAGAGAGAGAGCUGGGCUGGGUUGGAGAGAGGGCUGGGUUGGGUUGGAGAGAGGGCUGGGCUGGGUUGGAGAGAGAGAGCUGGGCUGUGUUGGAAGAGAGAGAGCUGGCUGGGGUUGGAGAGAGAGAGCUGGGCUGGGUUGGGAGAGGGGGGCUGGGCUGGGUUGGAGAAGGGCUGUGCUGGGUUGGGAGAGAGGGCUGGGUUGGGUUGGGAAAAGAGGCUGGGUUGGGUUGGAGAGAGGGCUGGGGUUGGGUUGGAGAGAAGGCUGGGUUGGGUUGGAGAGAGGGCUGGGUUGGUUGGAGAGAGAGCUGGGGCUGGGUUGGAGAGAAGCUGGGUUGGGGACAGGGCUGGGCUGGGUUGGAGAGAGUCCUGGGGCUGGGUUGGAGAAAGGGCUGGGUUGGAGAGAGAGCUUGGAGGCUGGGUGUUGGAGAAAGGGUGGCGGUUGGAGAGAGGCUGGGUUGGGUUGGAGAGGAGCGUGGUCUGAAGAGCGGGUGGGUUGGAGAGAGGCUGGUGGUGAGGGGUUGGUGGAGACUGGGUGGGUUGGAGAAGAGCUGGGCUGGGUUGGGAAGAGAUGGUUGGAGAGAGCUGGGUGGUUGGAGAGGGGCUGGGUUGGGUUGGGAGAGGAGCUGGCUGGGGUUGAGAGGAGCAGGGCUUGGGUUGGAAGAGAGAGCUGGGCUGGGUUGAGAGAGGGGUGGGUGUUGGAGAGGCGGGCUGGGUUGGAGAAGGCUGGGCUGGGUUGGAGAGGAGGCUGGGUUGGUGAGAGAGAGCUGGGCUGGGUUGGAGAGAGGGCUGGGCGGGUUGGAGAGAGGGCUGGGUUGGGAAGAGAGCUGGGCUGGGUUGGAGAGGGCUGGGCUGGGUUGGAGAGAGGGCUGGUGGGUUGGAGAGAGGGGCUUGGGUUGGAGAGAGCUGGGCUGGGUUGAGAGAGAAGCUGGGCUGGGUUGGAGAGAGGGCUGGUGGGUUGGAGAGAGGCUGGGCUGGGUUGGAGAGAGGCUAGGAGUUGGGUUGGAGAGAGGCUGGGUGGGUUGGAGAGAGAGAGCUGGGUUGGGUUGGAGAGAGCUGGGCUGGGUUGGAGAGAGGAGCUGGGUGGGUUGGAGAGAGAGAGCUGGUGGAUUGGAGUUGAGAGAGCGGGUGGGUGGAGAGGUGCUGGGUUGGAGAGAGGUGGUGGGUUGGAGAGAAGGGCUGGGUGGGUUGGAGAGAGAGGCUGGGUGGGUUGGAGAGAGGCUGGUGGGUUGGAGAGAGGGCUGGGUUGGGUUGGAGAGAGAGCUGGGUUGGGGGACAGGGCUGGGCUGGGUUGGAGAGAGGCGGGUGGGUUGGAGAGAAGGGCUGGGCUGGUUUGGAGAGAGAGGGCUGGGUGUUGGAGAGAGGGCUGGUGGAGAGGGCUGGGUUGGUGGAGAGGGGGCUGUGCUGGGUUGGAGAGGGGGCGGGUUGGAGAGAGAGAGCUGGUGGGUUGGAGAGAGAGCUGGGCUGGGUUGGGAGAAGGCUGGGCUGGGUUGGAGAGAGAGGCUGGGCUGGGUUGGAGAGAGGGCGGGUUGGGUUGGAGAGAGGGCUGGGCUGGCUGGGUUGGAGAGAGGAGCUGGGCUGGGUUGGAGAGAGGGCUGGCUGGGUUGAGAGAGGUGGCUGGUUGUAGAGAGAGAGCUGGGCUGGGUUGGAGAGGGGGCUGGGCUGGUGGAGAGGGGGCGGGUUGAGAGGGGCUGGGUGGAGAGAGACUGGGCUGGGUAGGAGGUGAGUAGAGGGGACGUGGGCUUGAGAGGGGCUGGGGAGAGGCUGGGCUGGGUUGGAGAGAGGGCUGGCUGGGUUGGAGAGGGGCUGGGUGGUUGGAGAGGGGCUGGGCUGGGUUGGAGAGAGGGCUGGGCUGGGUUGGAGAGAGAGCUGGGCUGGGUUGGAGAGGGGGUUGGGCUGUUGGAGAGAGAGAGCUGGGCUGGGUUGAGGGAGAGAGGCUGGGCUGGGUUGGAGAGAGAACUGGGCUGGUUGGAGAGAGGGCUGGGUUGGGUUGGAGAGAGAGAGGGCUGGGCUGGGUUGGAGAGAGGGCUGGGUUGGGUUGGAGAGAGGGCUGGGCUGGGUUGGAGAGAGAGCUGGGCUGGGUUGGAGAGAGGGCUGGGUUGGGGUUGGAGAGAGGGCUGGGCUGGGUUGGAGAGAGAGAGCUGGGCUGGGUUGGAGAGAGAGAGCUGGGCUGGGUUGGAGAGAGAGAGCUGGGCUGGGUUGGAGAGGGGGCUGGGUUAGAGAGAGAGCUGGGCUGGGUUGGAGAAAGGGCUGGGCUGGGUUGGAGAGAGGGCUGGGGUUGGGUUGGAGAGAAGGCUGGGUUGGGUUGGAGAGAGGGUUGGGUUGGAGAGAGAGCUGGGCUGGGUUGGAGAGAGAGCUGGGUUGGGGACAGGGCUGGGCUGGGUUGGAGAGAGGGCUGGGCUGGGUUGGAGAAAGGGCUGGGUUGGAGAGAGAGCUGGGCUGGGUUGGAGAGAAGGCUGGGUUGGGUUGGAGAGAAGGCUGGGUUGGGUUGGAGAGAAGGCUGGGUUGGGGUGGAGAGGGCUGGGCUGGGUUGGAGAGAGAGCUGGGUUGGAGAGAGAGCAGGGUCGGGUUUGGAGAGAGAGCUGGGUUGGGUUGGAGAGAGAGCUGGGUUGGGUUGGAGAGAGAGCUGGGUUGGAGAGAGAGCUGGGUUGGGUUGGAGAGAGAGCUGGGUUGGGUUGGAGAGAGAGCUGGGCUGGGUUGGAGAGGGGGCUGGGUUGGAGAGGGGGCGGGGCUGGGUUGGAGAGAGGGCUGGGCUGGGCUGGGUUGGAGAGGGGGCUGGGUUGGAGAGGGGGCUGGGCUGGGUUGGAGAGAGGGCUGGGCUGGGUUGGAGAGAGGGCUGGGCUGGGUUGGAGAGAGAGCUGGGCUGGGUUGGAGAGGGGGCUGGGCUGGGUUGGAGAGGGGGCUGGGUUGGAGAGAGAGAGCUGGGCUGGGUUGGAGAGAGAACUGGGCUGGGGACAGGGCUGGGCUGGAGAGAGGGCUGGGUUGGGUUGGAGAGAGGGCUUGGCUGGGUUGGAGAGAGGGCUGGGUUGGGUUGGAGAGAGGGCUGGGCUGGGUUGGAGAGAGAGCUGGGCUGGGUUGGAGAGAGGGCUGGGUUGGGUUGGAGAGAGGGCUGGGUUGGAGAGAGAGAGCUGGGCUUGGUUGGAGAGAGAGAGCUGGGCUGGGUUGGAGAGGGGGCUGGGUUGGAGAGAGAGCUGGGCUGGGUUGGAGAAAGGGCUGGGCUGGGUUGGAGAGAGGGCUGGGUUGGGUUGGAGAGAAGGCUGGGUUGGGUUGGAGAGAGGGCUGGGUUGGGUUGGAGAGAGAGCUGGGCUGGGUUGGAGGGAGAGCUGGGUUGGGGACAGGGCUGGGCUGGGUUGGAGAGAGGGCUGGGCUGGGUUGGAGAGAUGGCUGGGCUGGGUUGGAGAAAGAGCUCGGCUGGGUUGGAGAAAGGGCUGGGCUGGGUUGGAGAGAGGGCUGGGUUGGGUUCGAGAGAAGGCUGGGUUGGGUUGGAGAGAAGCCUUGUUUGGGUUGGAGAGAGCUGGGCUGGGUUGGAGAGAGAGCUGGGUUGGGUUGGAGAGAGAGCAGGGUUGGGUUGGAGAGAGAGCUGGGCUGGGUUGGAGAGAGAACUGGGCUGGGUUGGAGAGUGGGUUGGGUUGGAGAGAGGGCUGGGCUGGGUUGGAGAGAGGGCUGGGUUGGGUUGGAGAGAGGGCUGGGCUGGGUUGGAGAGAGAGAGCUGGGCUGGGUUGGAGAGAGGGCUGGGUUGGGUUGGAGAGAGGGCUGGGUUGGAGAGAAGCUGGGCUGGGUUGGGGAGAGGGGGCUGGGUUGGAGAGAGAGCUGGGCUGGGUUGGAGAAAGGGCUGGGCUGGGUUGGAGAGAGGGCUUGGUUGGAGAGAGAGCUGGGCUGGGUUGGAGAGAGGGCUGGGUUGGGUUGGAGAGAAGGCUGGGUUGGGUUGGAGAGAAGGCUGGGUUGGGUUGGAGAGAGCUGGGCUGGGUUGGAGAGAGAGCUGGGUUGGGUUGGAGAGAGAGCAGGGUUGGGUUGGAGAGAGAGCUGGGCUGGGUUGGAGAGAGAGCUUGGGCUGGGUUGGAGAGAGAGCUGGGUUGGGUUGGAGAGAGAGCUGGGUUGGGUUGGAGAGAGGCUGGGCUGGGUUGGAGAGAGGGCUGGGCUGGGUUGGAGAGAGGGCUGGGCUGGGUUGGAGGAGAACUGGGCUGGGUUGGAGAGAGGGCUGGGCUGGGUUGGAGAGGGGGCUGGGCUGGGUUGGAGAGGGGGCUGGGUUGGAGAGAGAGAGCUGGGCUGGGGUUGGAGAGAGGAGAACUGGGCUGGGUUGGAGAGUGGGUUGGGUUGGAGAGAGGGCUGGGCUGGGUUGGAGAGAGAGGGCUGGGUUGGGUUGGAGAGAGGGCUGGGCUGGGUUGGAGAGAGAGAGCUGGUGCUGGGUUGGAAGAGAGGGCUGGGUUGGUUGGGAGGAGAGGGGCUGGGUUGGGUUGGAGAGAGGGCUGGGCUGGGUUGGAGAGAAGCUGGGGCUGGGUUGGAGAAAGGGCUGGGCUGGGUUGGAGAGAGGCUGGGUUGGGUUGGAGAGAAGGCUGGGGUGGGUUGGAGAGAGGGCUGGGUUGGGUUGGAGAGAGAGCUGGGCUGGGUUGGAGGGAGAGCUGGGGUUGGGGACAGGGCUGGGCUGGGUUGGAGAGAGGGCUGGGCUGGGUUGGAGAGAUGGCUGGGCUGGGUUGGAGAAAGAGCUCGGCUGGGUUGGAGAUAGGGCUGGGCUGGGUUUGGAGAGAGGGCUGGGUUGGGUUCGAGAGAAGGCUGGGUUGGGUUGGAGAGAAGCCUUGUUUGGGUUGGAGAGAAGCCUUGUUUGGGUUGGAGAGAGCUGGGCUGGGUUGGAGAGAGAGCAGGGUUGGGUUGGAGAGAGAGCUGGGCUGGGUUGGAGAGAGAACUGGGCUGGGUUGGAGAGUGGGUUGGGUUGGAGAGAGGGCUGGGCUGGGUUGGAGAGAGGGCUGGGUUGGGUUGGAGAGAGGGCUGGGCUGGGUUGGAGAGAGAGAGCUGGGCUGGGUUGGAGAGAGGGCUGGGUUGGGGUUGGAGAGAGGGCUGGGUUGGAGAGAGAGCUGGGCUGGGUUGGAGAAAGGGCUGGGCUGGGUUGGAGAGAAGGCUGGGUUGGGUUGGAGAGAAGGCUGGGUUGGGUUGGAGAGAGCUGGGCUGGGUUGGAGAGAGAGCUGGGUUGGGUUGGAGAGAGAGCAGGGUUGGGUUGGAGAGAGAGCUGGGCUGGGUUGGAGAGAGAGCUGGGCUGGGUUGGAGAGAGAGCUGGGUUGGGUUGGAGAGAGAGCUGGGUUGGGUUGGAGAGAGGGCUGGGGCUGGGUUGGAGAGAGGGCUGGGCUGGGUUGGAGAGAGGGCUGGGCUGGGUUGGAGAGAGAGCUGGGCUGGGUUGGAGAGAGGGCUGGGCUGGGUUGGAGAGGGGGCUGGGCUGGGUUGGAGAGGGGGCUGGGUUGGAGAGAGAGAGCUGGGCUGGGUUGGAGAGAGAACUGGGCUGGGUUGGAGAGUGGGUUGGGUUGGAGAGAGGGCUGGGCUGGGUUGGAGAGAGGGGCUGGGUUGGGUUGGAGAGAGGGCUGGGCUGGGUUGGAGAGAGAGAGCUGGGCUGGGUUGGAGAGAGGGCUGGGUUGGGUUGGAGAGAGGGCUGGGUUGGGUUGGAGAGAGGGCUGGGCUGGGUUGGAGAGAGAGGGCUGGGUUGGAGAGAGAGAGCUGGGCUGGGUUGGAGAGGGGGCUGGGUUGGAGAGAGAGCUGGGCUGGGUUGGAGAAAGGGCUAGGCUGGGUUGGAGAGAGGGCUUGGUUGGAGAGAGAGCUGGGCUGGGUUGGAGAGAGGGCUGGGUUGGGUUGGAGAGAUGGCUGGGUUGGGUUGGAGAGAAGGCUGGGUUGGGUUGGAGAGAGCUGGGCUGGGUUGGAGAGAGAGCUGGGUUGGGUUGGAGAGAGAGCUGGGCUGGGUUGGAGAGAGAGCUGGGCUGGGUUGGAGAGAGAGCUGGGUUGGAGAGAGAGCUGGGUUGGGUUGGAGAGAGAGCUGGGUUGGGUUGGAGAGAGAGCUGGGUUGGGUUGGAGAGAGGGCUGGGCUGGGUUGGAGAGAGAGAGCUGGGCUGGGUUGGAGAGAGGGCUGGGUUGGGUUGGAGAGAGGGCUGGGCUGGGUUGGAGAGAGAGCUGGGCUGGGUUGGGGAGAGGGGGCUGGGUUGGAGAGAGAGCUGGGCUGGGCUGGAGAAAGGGCUGGGCUGGGUUGGAGAGAGGGCUUGGUUGGAGAGAGAGCUGGGCUGGGUUGGAGAGAGGGCUGGGUUGGGUUGGAGAGAAGGCUGGGUUGGGUUGGAGAGAAGGCUGGGUUGGGUUGGAGAGAGCUGGGCUGGGUUGGAGAGAGAGCUGGGUUGGGUUGGAGAGAGAGCAGGGUUGGGUUGGAGAGAGAGCUGGGCUGGGUUGGAGAGAGAGCUGGGCUGGGUUGGAGAGAGAGCUGGGUUGGAGAGAGAGCUGGGUUGGGUUGGAGAGAGAGCUGGGGUUGGGUUGGAGAGAGGGCUGGGCUGGGUUGGAGAGAGGGCUGGGCUGGGUUGGAGAGAGAACUGGGCUGGGUUGGAGAGAGGGCUGGGCUGGGUUGGAGAGGGGGCUGGGCUGGGUUGGAGAGGGGGCUGGGUUGGAGAGAGAGAGCUGGGCUGGGUUGGAGAGAGAACUGGGCUGGGUUGGAGAGUGGGUCGGGUUGGAGAGAGGGCUGGGCUGGGUUGGAGAGAGGGCUGGGUUGGGGUUGGAGAGAGGGCUGGGCUGGGUUGGAGAGAGAGAGCUGGGCUGGGUUGGAGAGAGGGCUGGGGUUGGGUUGGAGAGAGGGCUGGGUUGGGUUGGAGAGAGGGCUGGGCUGGGGUUGGAGAGAGAGGGCUGGGUUGGAGAGAGAGAGCUGGGCUGGGUUGGAGAGGGGGCUGGGUUGGAGAGAGAGCUGGGCUGGGUUGGAGAAAGGGCUGGGCUGGGUUGGAGAGAGGGCUUGGUUGGAGAGAGAGCUGGGCUGGGUUGGAGAGAGGGCUGGGUUGGGUUGGAGAGAAGGCUGGGUUGGGUUGGAGAGAAGGCUGGGUUGGGUUGGAGAGAGCUGGGCUGGGUUGGAGAGAGAGCUGGGUUGGGUUGGAGAGAGAGCUGGGCUGGGUUGGAGAGAGAGCUGGGCUGGGUUGGAGAGAGAGCUGGGUUGGAGAGAGAGCUGGGUUGGGUUGGAGAGAGAGCUGGGUUGGGUUGGAGAGAGAGCUGGGCUGGGUUGGAGAGAGAGCUGGGCUGGGUUGGAGAGGGGGCUGGGUUGGAGAGAGGGCUGGGCUGGGCUGGGUUGGAGAGGGGGCUGGGUUUGGUUGGAGAGAGGGCUGGGCUGGGUUGGAGAGUGGGCUGGGUUGGGUUGGAGAGAGGGCUGGGUUGGGUUGGAGAGAGAGCUGGGCUGGGUUGGAGAGAGAGCUGGUUUGGGGACAGGGCUGGGCUGGGUUGGAGAGAGGGCUGGGCUGGGUUGGAGAAAGGGCUGGGUUGGAGAGAGAGCUGGGCUGGGUUGGAGAAAGGGCUGGGCUGGGUUGGAGGGUUGGGUUGGAGAGAAGGCUGGGUUGGGUUGGAGAGAAGGCUGGGUUGGGUUGGAGCGAGCUGGGCUGGGUUGGAGAGAGAGCUGGGUUGGGUUGGAGAGAGAGCAGGGUUGGGUUGGAGAGAGAGCUGGGUUUGGGUUGGAGAGAGAGCUGGGCUGGGUUGGAGAGAGAGCUGGGUUGGAGAGAGAGCUGGGUUGGGUUGGAGAGAGAGCUGGGUUGGGUUGGAGAGAGAGCUGGGCUGUGUUGGAGAGAUAGCUGGGUUGGGUUGGAGAGAGAGCUGGGCUGGGUUUGGAGAGAGAGCUGGGUUGGGGUUGGAGAGAGAGCUGGGUUGGGUUGGAGAGAGAGCUGGGUUGGGUUGGAGAGAGAGCUGGGUUGGGUUGGAGAGAGAGCUGGGUUGGGUUGGAGAGAGAGCUGGGCUGGGUUAAGGAGAGAGCUGGGCUGGGUUAAGGAGAGAGAGAGCUGUGCUGGGUUAAGGAGAGAGCUGUGCUGGGUUGGAGAGAGCUGGGCUGGGUUGGAGAGAGAGCUGGGUUGGAGAGAGAUCUGGGCUGGGUUGGAGAGAGGGCUGGGUUGGGUUGGAGAGAGAGCUGGGUUGGGUUGAAGAGAGCUGGGUUGGGUUGGAGAGAGAGCUGGGUUGGGUUGGAGAGAGAGCUGGGCUGGGUUAAGGAGAGAGCUGGGCUGGGUUAAGGAGAGAGCUGGGCUGGGUUAAGGAGAGAGCUGGGCUGGGUUAAGGAGAGAGAGAGCUGGGCUGGGUUAAGGAGAGAGCUGGGCUGGGUUGGAGAGAGAGAUCUGGGCUGGGUUGGAGAGAGAGCUGGGUUGGGUUGGAGAGAGAGCUGGGCUGGGUUGGAGAGAGCUGGGCUGGGUUGGAGAGAGAGCUGGGCUGGGUUGGAGAGAGAGCUGGGUUGGGUUGGAGAGAGAGCUGGGUUGGGUUGGAGAGAGAGCUGGGCUGGGUUAAGGAGAGAGCUGGGCUGGGUUAAGGAGAGAGCUGGGCUGGGUUAAGGAGAGAGCUGGGCUGGGUUAAGGAGAGAGCUGGGCUGGGUUAAGGAGAGAGAGAGCUGGGCUGGGUUAAGGAGAGAGAGAGCUGGGCUGGGUUAAGGAGAGAGCUGGGCUGGGUUAAGGAGAGAGAGAGCUGGGCUGGGUUGGGGACAGGGCUGGGCUGAGGGAGAGGACUGGGGGUGAAUUCUGUGGGGACAGAGGGAGGGGCAGAGAGUGAGGGGGACAAUGAGUGUACCCCUACAGCCAGAGAGGUUAGGACUGAAUGGGACGAGAGCUGCUGAAUGAGAGGUAUGCGUAUAUUCGGGAUUGUCUUAUAAAACAAAAGCCAAAUCUAUCUAUAUAUACAUAUUGUUAGAGCACGGUAUUUCUGUUAUCUUUCCUACUAGCACUGACUUUGCUGAUUUUAACUUUUUUAUGGAGUAUGUGAUUUGUGGUUGUCAUGAAUUCACUAACUGUAAUUUGCUCUGGAUAAGAGCGUCUGCUAAAUUACUAAAAAGUAAAAUGUCUGAUCCUGUCCCCAUGUUUUCAAGGUGCAGCUCCCGUUCUCUGUGGGUCGUAUCGUGGGGUUGAGCAGGAAUGACUUCCAGCUGAUGUUGAGGCACCAGGUUCUGACCAGAGAGCAGCUGGACUUUGUCCACGACGUCCGACGCAGGAGUAAGAACCGCAGCGCAGCGCAGCGCUGUCGCAAGAGGAAGCUGGACUGCAUACACAACCUGGAGUGUGAGAUAGACAAACUGGUGAGGGGGGGAAAUGACUUCCUAAAAUGACUUCCUAAGACGGUGUUUCUUUAUCCUGGUCCUGGGGACCCAAAGGGGUGCACAUUAUUUGUUUUUGCUCUAGCACUACACAGCUGCCUCCAAUAAUCAACGCAUCAUCAAACUAUUGAUUAGUGGAAUCAGGUGUGUGGUGCUGAAACCCUCUGAAAACAUCUACAGUACUUUUAUUGAUUUGGAACAUUGUUAUGAAUAGGAUGAGACUCAUUACACUGUCUGUCUCUCUGUCUGUCUCUCUGUCUGUCUGUCUGUCUCUCUGUCUGUCUCUCUGUCUGUCUGUCUCUCUCUCUGUCUGUCUGUCUCUCUGUCUGUCUCUCUCUCUCUCUGUCUGUCUGUCUCUCUGUCUGUCUGUCUGUCUCUCUCUCUGUCUGUGUCUCUAUCUGUCUGUCUCUCUGUCUGUCUCUCUCGGUCUGUCUCUCUGUCUGUGUCUGUCUGUCUCUCUAUGUCUGUCUCUCUCUCUAUGUCUGUCUCACUGUCUCUCUCUGUCUGUCUCUCUCUCUCUGUCUGUCUCUCUCUAUGUCUGUCUCUGUCUGUCUGUCUCUCUGUAUGUCUGUCUUCUGUCUGUCUGUCUUCUGUAUGUCCUGUCUCUCUGUCUGUCUCGUCUGUCUGUCUGUCUCUCUGUCUUGUGUCUCUGUCUGUCUCGCUCUGUCGUUUGUGUAAUUCUUCUGUGUUGUUCUCUGUCUGUCUGGUGUCAUGUGUCUCCUGUGUAAUGUGUCUCUGUGUCCAUGGUGUCUUGUGUUUGUGAUUUCUGCUUGGUGUCUCUGUGUCUCCAUGUGUCUACAUGGUGUCUCUGUGUCUACAUGUGUGCUUGUUCUGUGUUCUCUGUGUCUCCAUGUGUCUGUCUUGUUGUGUCUCUGUGUCUCAUGUGUCUCUGUGUCUCCAUGUGUCUGCUUGGUGUCUGUGUGUCUCUGUGUCUCCAUGUGUCUGCUUGGUGUCUCUGUGUCUACAUGUGUGUCUCUGUGUCUCCAUGUGUGUCUCUGUGUCUCCAUGUGUGUCUCUGUGUCUCCAUGUGUCUGCUUGGUGUCUCUGUGUGUGUGUGUCUCCCAGAGGACAGAGAAGGACCAGCUGAUAUCAGAGAGGACCCAUCUGAACCAGAUGAAGCUGAAUACUUGGCACAGUGUGUCUGCUCUGUGUCAGAGGGUCUGCAGCGAGGCCGCCCUGAGACCAGAACAACUCCAGGUCCUAGCCAAGUACACCUCUCCAGACUGCCCUCUGUCUGCUCUCAUAUCCCCCACAGACCCUCCCUCCCCUGGGCUAGGAGGACUACUACAACCCCAGGACUCUCCC